ACGUGCCACCAGACAUACCACUAAGACAAUUGAAUGUGCCGUUGGCUUCUGCGUGUAACGUGCCAUGCCACUCUGUGUGAUUACUGCUACUGCGGAUUUUGAAACUGGGAGGUUCUUGAAGUCCUUCACACAAACACAUGAUCAGCUGUAGAUAUUAGCCCAGAUCCUCUGCUUUGUCGAUAUGAGCAACAAUCGCUCUUUACUAAUAUCUUUAUUUAUACCUGUCUGCUGUAUUGCUGUAGUUUUGGGGCAGACGACAAGUCCAUUAACAAACUGCACUGUAAAAUCUAACACAAGUUGUGAUGAAUGUCUGAAGAUUGUUUCGUGUUUGUGGUGCAUUUCGAGUCGGAAAUGCAUAGACUAUCCAGUAAAGAACAUUCUCCCCCCUCACAGUGUGUGUCCCCUCUCAGAUGCACGAUGGGGGAUGUGCUGGGUGAAUUUCCAGGCUCUCAUCAUUAGCAUUUCUGUGAUCGCGGUGGUGAUCAUCAUCGCCAUAUUAGUCUGUUGUUUCCGUUGCUGUAAAUGUGAAAACAUCGGGUCAAGGAGGACCGAUGAGCGCACGGAGAGACAAGCUCAGCUGAGAAAGUUCCACCAUGAAGAGAGGAAAACUGAGAUGAGGCAGAGACAUGAUGAAAUCCGACUGAAAUAUGGCUUGGCAAAGGAUAAUCCAUACUCCAGAUUUGAAAACAACUAAGCAAUUUAUACUUACUCUUUGUUCUUUUUUAUAACUCAAUUGAGCACACAAACACAAAUUGUUUGCAUUUUCUUGACCUGUAGAUUAAAUUAAUCUUCCAAUGAACAAUAUAUACGGUGAGAAUAUGUAGUUUGCUUUGAUCCGGCCUUUCUUGUUAGGUUGGCUUACAAUAUAUUAAAUGCAUUUGUUUUACUUGCCUAUGCAUUUUUUCUAAUGUUUAUCUUUUACUCUGAUUUGAUUUGCUAGGACCUCUAUAAAUAAAUUAAACUGGUGUUUGAUAGGCCAUGGGUUUUGCAUUUUUGCUUCAAUUUCAAAAGCAAUUUUAUCCACACCAAAUUACCUUCAUUGAUCAGUUUUUUUGUUAGUUUGUUGUUUUGCAAUAUGGUUGUCUGUGUUUUGCGUUUGUCAGCAUUUGAAUCACUAUCUAUUGUGACUAAAGGACUUAAAUUUUAAUACAGUUGUAAUUAAAUGACAACCUAACAGGAAUAAAGACAACAUGAAAACUUG